AUGCCUAGAAGAGAAGAUAUUGAAAAAAUAGUGAUACUGGGUUCGGGGCCCAUAGUUAUCGGGCAGGCGUGUGAGUUUGAUUAUUCAGGUAACCAAGCUGUACGUGCGCUAAAGGAAGAGGGGUAUCAUGUAAUACUCCUUAAUCCAAACCCCGCUACUAUGAUGACUACGCCAGGGAAUGCUCACAGUAUCUAUUUUGAUCCGCUAGAAAAAGAGUAUCUCAUUGAUAUUCUUAAAAAAGAAAAACCCGAUGCUAUACUUCCUACUAUGGGAGGACAGAAUGCAUUGAAUUUGGUUAUGUCAUUUGAGGAAACUGAGCUUAAAAACGAAUACGGUGUAGAACUUAUUGGAGCUGGUUUAGAGAGCAUUCGUCUCGCAGAAGACAGAGGCCUGUUUAAGCAACUUAUGUCUAGUAUUGGAUUAAAAAGCCCUCUCUCUGCGCUUGUGAGAUAUGAAUAUGAGGCUUGGAAAAUCAUUGAAAAAGUAGAUUAUCCUAUCAUUAUCCGCCCAAGCUUUACCCUAGGUGGGAGAGGUGGUAGCAUAGCGUAUUCAAAGCAUGAUUUUUCAGAAAAGUUACAUAGAGCUUUGUCCAUGUCCCCUGUGCACACAGCAUUGGUUGAAGAAUCUUUGCUUGGGUAUCAAGAAUUUGAAUUUGAAGUGAUGAGAGAUGUAGAAGAUAAUGCAAUGGUGGUGUGUGCAAUAGAAAACAUUGACCCAAUGGGUGUUCAUACUGGUGACAGCAUUACAGUAGCCCCUAUACAAACGCUUUCGGAUGCAGAAUAUCAGCUACUCCGCAGUGCAUCAAUUGAUAUCAUCAGGGCCAUAGGCAUGGAAUGCGGAGGUUCUAAUGUGCAAUUUGCGUAUAAAAUGGAGACACAACGACUUCUUGUUAUUGAAAUGAACCCCAGGGUGUCUCGGUCUUCUGCAUUAGCAAGCAAAGUAACUGGCUUUCCUAUUGCAAGGAUAGCUACGAAAUUGGCAGUAGGGUAUACCCUUAACGAAGUAAUGAAUGAGAUUACACGUAAUUCGACAUCGUUUUUCGAGCCAGCGCUUGAUUAUUGUGCGGUAAAAGUGCCUAAAUUUGAUACGAAGAAGUUCCCCAUCACUGAACUUGGAACGCAGAUGCAAUCUAUUGGAGAAGCCCUGGCCUUUGGGGUGCAUUUUUGUGAAGCACUUAACAAGGCAAUGCGUUCGGUAGAAAUGGAAUAUGAUGUUUCAAAAGAAAAUGCUGUAAGUGAUAUAGAACUAGAGCAAAACAUAAGAACACUGCAUCCACGUAGAAUAUUUGCAAUAUAUACUCUAUUGUAUAGGUUAGGGGAAACUGCCAUUGAAAAGAUAGCAUCUAUUACUGGUUUCCAUCCAUGGGUUUUGUAUCAUAUUUCUAAGAUUGCAGAAAUGGAGAAGCAAGUACGUGCCAGUCAAAACCUGGAAGAUGAGACGGUGCUUGCAAGUGUAAUACGCGAUGCUAAAGUAAUAGGUUUUACUAAUACCCAGUUAGCGCAAUUUCUCAAUAAAGAAAGCUCAUUUAUUGAUGUGUUAUGUAAAGAACAUGAUAUAGAACAGCAGUACAGAUGUGUCGAUACCUGUGCUGCGGAAUUUCCUGCAAGAACUCCCUAUUUUUACAGCACACAUAGUGGCAGUGGGGAUUUAGAGCUUCAUACAACAGAGAAAGAACGUGUUCUCAUUCUUGGUAGUGGGCCUAACAGGGUAGGUCAGGGCUUAGAAUUUGACACCUGUUGCACUCUUGCCACACUAGCGUUUCAAAGAAAGGGAUACGAGGUUGCUAUUAUUAAUUGUAAUCCUGAAACGGUGUCUACUGAUUAUAAUAUUGCUGAUAUUCUCUUUUUCGAACCCCUACACAUUGACGAUGUGCUUUCUGUGCUGCAAGCUACCGGGAUUCAGAAGCUUGUAGUGCAGCUGGAUUUCCUGUCUUUGGUACGUCCCUCCUAUGUUCUUGGAGGGAGAGCGAUGGCUAUAUUAUAUAGUGCAUCAGAGCUUCUUGAGUUUAUAGAGCGUAACAAAGAAGACCUACAUGAUACUGAACUUCUGAUUGAUAGUUUUCUAGAGGAUGCAGUUGAGUAUGACGUAGAUAUUGUGAGUGAUAGAGAAUCUGUAUAUAUUGCUGGUGUAUUGAAGCAUAUUGAGCCAGCGGGAAUACAUUCGGGGGAUUCGGCGUGUAUUUUUACACCAGAGGUAGCACAUGAUCCACUAGCACAUAUUAUGUACAAGGCCAGCAUAGCCCUUGCUCGGCGUUUGAAUAUCAAAGGCUUUCUUAACAUACAGUUUGCAAGCGUAGGGAAAGAUCUGUAUAUUUUAGAGGCAAAUCCUCGAGCCUCCCGUACUAUCCCAUUUAUCUCUAAGACAUCAGGGGUAGAUCUUGUAGACAUGGCGGUUUCAGUAUGGAAUGGAGAAAAACUUUCAAAGCACCCAACAUUCCUUGAAAGAAGAAUGGAAGGAUACAAGAACUUGGCUGUAGGGUACUGUACGGAGGGCUACGCGGUAAAAGAAUCGGUGUUUAGCUUUGAUAGGUUUGAAGAUGCGGAUCCUGUACUAGGUCCAGAGAUGAAAUCUACUGGAGAAGCUAUAGGGAUUGGCGAAAGCUUUGGGGAAGCAUUCGCCAAGGCUAGCAUAGUUGCCUCCACUCGCCUUCCAAAAGCAGGUACUGUUUUUGUUUCAAUCAAUGUUAAUAUAAAAACAGAAAUCUUUGUGCAACUACAACGUUUAACAGAUAUGGGUUUUACAAUACUAGCAAAUAAAGAAACAGCAGAACUCUGUAUAUCGCAGAAUAUUCCUUCUGCGCUUAUGACUAGCAGUACAUCCGUAGAUGAAAGAAUACAGGCGAUAGGAGAGAGAAUGCAAAGUGGUCGUAUAGAUCUUGUAGUGAGUAUUUCGCAGCAAGCGAGUAAGGAAUUACGUAUAGAAGAAAAGGCAAUUCGAAGGUCAUCUCUGCGCUUUGCUAUACCUUACGUUUCAACUACUGCAGCAUGCAUGGCAGCGGUAGAUGGAAUAGAGUAUAUAAGAAAUAACAGUGCGAGUGCUCGCAAGCUACGUUACUAA